UAAAAAAAAAAUGUAACCCUCAACUUGACUCGAAGCACUGACCCCUGGAGGCCUGGAAUAAAAAGUCUUCCGUUUAAACUAUUCGGCCAUACGUGCUCAUGUUAUGAGAUGACGUAUUUUUUUACCCUAUAUAAGCAAUCCUCGUAGUUUCACAAAAUAUAACGACAACAACACAACUUUCCAAAUUAUCCAAUCGUUUCACGUUGCAACGAUUUAUAAUUGUCAGGUCUUCAAAUCAUCAAAAGAUGCAUAUAUGGAUAUUAUAGAGCAUGGUAAAUAUUAAGUAUUAAUAUUUAAUGACCAAUAUCAUAACUAAAACAAAAAUUUGCGAAUCUAAAACAAUUUUUGUUUUUGUUUUGUCAAUUUACCAAAACGUGAAAAGGCCCCUUUCAUUUUACAAAUGUAAUCACAAAUUAUGUCAAAAAUAUAUGUAUGUGUGUCGACCACUAACAAACUUUUCGGCGGAUAGGUCUGUCCAAAGUCACUUUUAAUUUGGGCAUUAAAAUGCCAAUUAUUUUGCCAUGUUAUUAAUGUUAGUGAAGGCAUUAUUGCAACACUUUGAUAUUUAUUAUAUUGUAUAAAUUUUUUAAAUUUAUAUAUAUAACUUCCAAAUAUAUAUCAAUUCCGUUACCAAUGUAUAUUUUUUUUUAAAUGCACUAGACUUGAUAACAAUUUAAAAACAAAAAUAAAAAUCAAAUAAAAGGGUGAAUACACAUUUACAAACCUGAUAGUAAUAAAAUUGCCUUAGCACUAUAUGACUAUGCUUUUAAAUAAAUUAUACAGUGGUUUAAAUAACUGUGGUAAUUUGAUUACCGCAGUAAUUUGUAUGGUAAGGUUACCGCCGUUUAUUUUCCUUUGUAUAAACGAUGGUUACUGCGCGGUUACCUAACAAUUGAAAUUUGUCAACUUAAAGCAGUAAAAUUACCAACAAUGCAAAACCGGUACUUAACAUGACGUCAUUUUCGCGAAAAUUGUCAAUUUGACAGACGACGUUUUUGCAAAAUGGAAAAUGUCAACAAAAGAGCGAAAGCUUUUAACGAGCGCGAAAUCGAAGUAAUGACAGAUUACAUGAAAUUGAAUAUUCACAAGCUUAGAAUGAAUCAUGGCUCGGGCGGUCCGGGCAUGGUUGCUCGAGUCCGUGAGAUCUGGGACGAACUUUUAGCUGGUGUAAACGCAUGCGGAAACGGACCGAGGACACUACAACAAAUCAUGGAAAAGUGGAGGAACAUGACCCAAAACGCUAAAGCCGACGUUUCAAAGGAGCGAAACCAUGCCGCUACGGGGGGAGGACCGCCAUUGACUGAAAUGUCGCAGACCUCGCAGGCGGUGGCGAGUCUGUUUGCCCACUCAGCAUCGUUUCAUGGCGUCGUGGACGAUGCAGAUUCCGUUAUCGCGGUUACUCCUCCAUCGCCGAGGUUCCUGGGCCUGCCCAUAAUGGAGUUAUUAACCACAACAUCCCGGACAUCCCGGAUCCCUUCGGUGUGGCUGAAACCUUUCCAGACAAUACGCCGAGAUGCCCGAGAAGCAAGGAAAAAUCAAGCGCAACAUCUGUUCCAUCAACCUCAACCUCAACCCCACUGUCCAGUGACAGUAGCAGAAAGAGCACUCUCAAAGAUGCCCAGUUAGAGGCCAUGGAAAGCCAUGGCAGAGAUGAGUCGGGAGGGGGGGGGGGGGCGUGUUACCAAAAAGUUGCACGACUUGCCGAAUUAUUGAUAGAACGCCUUGAAAAACAAUGAACACAUUUAUUGUUCUUGUUAAUGUUAUUUUACUGUUAAAUCUUUUUGUUUGAUAGUUUGAUUUGUUAAUAACAACAACAGUUAAUACAGUAAUAAUUUAUUUUACUUCAUAUGUUCAUGCAUUUUCACCAUUUUAAUUGCAAUAAAUAUUUCAUUUUCCUAUACAAA